AUGGAUUCAAAGUAUAAAUCAGAAAGCAAAUUUGAUUAAUCCACGUUAAUUUAAUCAUAUAUUCAGUAGUGCUGUUGAAAUCAAACCACCAGAUGCAUUACUUUUUGAGUUUUUACCUAAUUAAAAGGAGAUAUAUGCCAGAAUUGAAAUUUUCAAUAAAGCGCCUCAAGAUGUUAUGCUGCGUAUCAAAACUACUGCUCCUAAAUAUUAUGUUAUUCCUUAUGAAAAAGAAAGACCUAUUACUACUACUUCUUCCUGUAAAAUUGAUAUUCAAAUGAAAUCAGAUUAAUCAUAACUUCAACAUCGUCUCAAAGAUAAGUUUCUUAUUUAAAUUGUUGAAAAAUAGAAGUAUGAUGCUGCUCCUAAUGAUGAAUCUAGAUGGGCCAUCUUACUUAAAGAACAAAAAUUAACUGUCAGUCUUAAAAGAAUAGACCUUUCUUUAUCAUAACAAUCUUAAAAAACAUAGCCACCAUCCAAUAAUAAAUAAUAAUUAAUUGGUUAAUCUCGAUAUCUAUAAAGUUCUGAUUCUGGUUUUAAUUAACAAUAGACUAAUCAAGAUAGUAAUAUCAAAUACACUGAUGAAGAAAAAAACAUGAAGUCUAAAUUAGAUUCUUUGAUAUAAAAACAUAAAGAAUAAGCUAAAUUGAUUGUAUUUUAUAACCCUUUCUAUUCUAGGAACAAUAUAAAUUUGAUAUUAAUGAAUUACAGAAUGAAAUAGAUAGAAACUCAUUUAUCUAUGAUCUAGAAAAAAAAAAAGAUUAAAAUGAUUAACCGGAAGAAAAUAUUGCUGCUGCUUUAAGAGAUAAAACUGGAAUUCCAUUAUGGGAACUUUUCAUAGCAGCUACAAUAUCACUUAUUUUAGGUGCUCUACUAAAUAGAAAAUGA